GAGAGAACAUCUAUCAAAUUUUCAAUAGCCUAUUCCAAUACAAGAGAUCAUAGAGCACAUAGCACUACGAAUACCUUCUACGAACAUCCAUUCGUAUACAUCGAGUUCAGUACGUCAUUGGCAGCCAUUCUUAGAUUAGAUUUCCAGCAGAAUAAGAAAAACUUCUCCAUUCUUGGUAUCCAGCAAAUCAAAAGAUAUGUCAGAUCACGGUAGUUAUUACAGUAGUGAUAGUAAUCCAUUCGAUCACUCAGCCUACGAUGACACUGUUAUAUCCGCCGGCGUAGGCAUGGGAAUGCUAAGAUCCGGAUUUCCAGCAGGAGGCGAGCCAGUAGCACGAGUCCUAAGAUCAUCAUAUGAUAAGAAUCAUUGUGGAGGAUGCGAUGCACAGACUGACUAUAGUGAAAAUUGGAAAGUACAGCAUAUUAACGACAAUAUCGAGUGUAGAAGAGCCUACCUGGAUAACACAUGCAGAUAUGAGAGAGAAGCGUUUGCAACGAUGCCGGAUCCUAUUUAUGCACCUGAGGGAUAUGUACCACUUCAAGAUCCAAACCCUCAACUUCAGACACAAGAAACUCGAGCUUAUUUUAUCCCACACUCACCUCAAUAUCCCCAAGAGCAGCAGUUUUCAGAUCAAGGACUCUCCCCUAACGCCUAUCAAACUAAUUACCCAUCGACAUGGCUAGAUUCAACAACUGGUCCUAGUCAGCAAGAUCAGGUACUCUCCCCUAACGCUUAUCAAACUGAUUACCCAUCGACAUGGCUUGAUUCUAGCCAGCAAGAUCAGGGGUACACCCAAUAUCCAACCGAGAUGCAUGACAACUCUUACGCUGGUGAUGCAUCUCACAAUUCCAGUCCUGCUCACGGUUCAGAAGCGCGACAUGCUCCUGAGACAACUAUUAGCGCAUCUCAAGGACGGGGACAUACAUCUACUACCCGCAAUAGUGGUAGUAGCCGCCGUGGAUAUCGUCGUGCUGGUGGUAGCCGAAGGAGCUAGAGUGUUCGUAGUAGCGAAGGUGUAGAGGAUAGAGGGAAGUUCUCAAAAUUUCUUGUGAUUUCAUAAUCACAAGGGAAAAAAAGUCAUCAUAACUAGUUAUUACAAAAAGUAGAAAAAUAAUAUCA